UAAAACAUUUGAAAAUAGUCCGUAAAGCUAAAGGAGACACUAAUGAGAAACUUUUUAAAUCCCCCGCCUUUAGAACGCUAUCCGCAGAUUCGACACAGUUUACGCAGCCGGGAAGCUUUUCCCGCCAAGACGCGAAAGGGUCUGCUCUUUGCUGCUGGAGAGAAGGAGGGUCCGGGCCGGGAAACUGACGCUGUCAAAUACCAGGCCUCUUUGAUGUCGGUGUGGCUGAUGGGACUAGUAGCCGUUUCGUGUUUGGAACACUUGCGAAGCCAGCUGGACAGGUGUCCACUCGAAAGAGAACUGGCCUUUGCUUCCUCAGUUUUCCAAAGCUCCUAGGAUUAACCUGUUGAACCUGGCGCUUAACUUGCGAAGUCUUGCUGAUUCUUUUGAAUCAAUACCUGGAAAAGGCCUGACUGCCUGAAUGAGAUAGAGCCACAGUGGGCCACCUCGCAGAUGCUACCCCUGGGAUAGGUUCCCGUGAUUCUAUGGUGGUGUAAAUGGAACGGCAGUGUUUUCAUUCCCAGCGCUGUAGAUAUCCACGGAGUUAGCGGAUACCUUGUUGCCUUGGUUUAUUUAUCCGCAAAACAAUUCCAUUGAAAAACUUGGCAACAAGAAAUGGACUCUAUGUAUUAAAGGUUAGUGCUUCUUUAAUGAUAAAAAUCAUUUUGCCAUGUUGGAAGACGCAACUUUGGAAGAAGAGAUCUGGGAAUACAAAUCUAAAAGAAAACCAAAACCAGUACAUCCAAGUGGUUGCUCUGAAAAUAUUCCAAAAUCCAGUGAACAAGCAGCAGAUGGCAGAAACCAGCCCAAACCAAACAGAAACAAAAAAAGAACCAAAGGAGCUAAAGCAAAGGUGAAAGACCAUGAAAGGCACCUUGGAGAGACAGACUGUCAGACUUGCAUAGCAGCCAGCCAGGGUUCAGACUGUGGAGAUGGGAUUCCGCAGUCCCAAGACACACAGGGCACACCACGAAAGCGCUGUAGGACUCGCCCAAACAAGCAAGUGUCCCCAAAGACACGGCCGGUUUACAGUGGACACUGUCCAAAUUGCCAGAUGCCUUUUUCUUCACUGCUGGGCCAAACCCCCCGGUGGCAUGUUUUUGAAUGUUUGGAUUCUCCUUCCGUUUCUGAAACAGAGUGUCCUGAUGGUCUUCUGUGUACCUCAACCAUUCCUUCCCAUUACAAGAGAUACACUCACCUCCUGCUUGCCCAGAGUAGGGCUGGUAAUAGUCCACCCAGCAGCCCAGCGUGUGAGUCAGGUGGUAGCUUCAGUGAGACUAAUUCAGGCUUGCUUUGUUCUCUUGAGGAAAAACGCUCUCUGUAUCAGAAACAAACUGGGAACUUAAAAAAUGUUCCAAAUGACCCCUUGUUAAUGACAGAAUGUCUAAAAAAAUCUCAUUCUCCUACUGAAACUGAUAAAAAGAUCUCUUCUACAAAUUCUCAAAUGUCCCAACAAGUGCUGCAAUUUACAGAUGCAGUUAAGAAAGACGAAUUGGUAGGAGCUGCUUUGCCUCUUGCCGAUGAGAUGUUGAGCAGCCAAAGCAACUCAAAACAUAUAAACUUGUCAUUGCCAGAAAAUGACGUUAGCAACUGUGAAAUCUCCUAUUCUCCACUUCAGAGUGAGGAAGACACUUCUGAUACGGAUGAAAAGCUGGAUGAUUCACAGCAGGAUCUGUUUUGCACUGAGAGCUCUAAAGAUGGCAGCCUAGAGGACGAUGGCAACUCUACUCCAUUUGAAAAACUCCAUGGGUCCUCACUGCAGGACCAAGAGGACAGCGUCCACGAAGCAAAUAGCUUCUUAACCCAGGACAAGUACAAUGAAGAAUUGUACAGGUCCAGUGCUCUAAAUAAUUUGUCUCAGCUUAUCCCCCAAAAUAAUGAGAGUAUUAUUUCAUAUGAUGAGUCGGCAAGUAAUGAUCCUUAUUCUCUGCUGUUUCCACCUGCAUUAACAGAGGCGUUUGCUGCCUCUAAUUAUCAGGCCCCUAAAACAAAACUCGAUAAGCCAGAAUUUCACUCAUCUCAAAGGGAUAAACAGAAAGAGCGGAUUGAGGAGUCAGCUGUUCACAAUCAAGCUUCCCUUCCAGCACUUACGAGCGAAGUCACUUUGCAUCCAAGUCGAAGUCAAAGGAGAGCGUUAUCGGGUGAGAACCUCAGUGCUAAGAACAAUGCGAAUUCAGCAUGUUCCUGCAGGAAGACGUUAGACAAUAUGCCAGGUGGUGGUAAAGUCACAGUUUUAAAUAGAGAAAGAAUUCCUAGCACACCUCCUGCCACCGAGUCUUUGAAAAUAUUGCCCUCUGGUCCUAAGUGUGAUUCAAGACAGCUUUCUACUAAGGUAAUGAAGCAAACGGAUAUAGGUGUGUAUUUUGGACUACCACCCAAAAGAAAAGAAGAGAAAUCGCCGAAAAGUGCGUUAGAAGGGGUGGACUUAAAUCAAGCUCAAAGUCCUAAUGCAAAGAGGUCCCGGCAGUGCAAGAGGAAAGCAGAAAAAUCUUUAAGUGAUUUAGAAUUUGAUGCAAAGAAUGUAAAUGAGAGUCAGCUCUCUGUGGAGAUUCCUAUUGAGAGGUCACAGCGUCAGAGAAAGCGACAUAAGAAGUCAAAUUCGCUACAGGAAGAAGAAGUACAUCAGAAGAGGUCAGAUCACCUUGCUAGUAAUCCACUAUCCAGAACAGUCGAUUUAAGUGAAGACCAAGUCUUCGUAAGAUCUGCUUAUGGUGGGCUACAAAGAAGAAACUCAAAAAUCUCAGAGUCAUCUGAUGCAAGAGAAUUAAGAAAAAGGACUUGCCCAUUCUAUAAGAAAAUACCUGGAACUGGCUUCACGGUGGAUGCCUUUCAGUAUGGCAUGAUUGAAGGCUGCUCCGCCUAUUUUCUCACACAUUUUCAUUCUGAUCAUUAUGCGGGGUUGUCUAAAAACUCCACAUUUCCAGUUUAUUGCACUGAGAUAACUGGCAAUUUGUUGAAAAACAAGCUUCAUGUGCAAGAACAAUAUAUCCAUACGUUGCCAAUGGACACUGAAUGUGUAGUGAAUGGUGUGAAAGUUGUUUUGCUUGAUGCCAAUCACUGUCCAGGUGCCGCCAUGAUCCUUUUUCAUCUUCCUAAUGGUACUGUCAUGUUGCACACUGGAGACUUCCGGGCAAACCCCAGCAUGGAACGUUCUCUUCUUGCGGGCCAGAAAGUCCACGUGCUGUACUUGGACACCACGUAUUGCAGCCCAGAAUAUACCUUUCCAUCUCAGCAAGAGGUUAUCCAGUUCGCCAUCAACACUGCCUUUGAGGCUGUAACGCUGAACCCACGUGCUCUCGUUGUCUGUGGCACCUAUUCUAUUGGAAAAGAGAAAGUCUUCCUAGCCAUUGCUGACGUUUUAGGUUCAAAAGUGGGUAUGUCCCAAGAGAAAUAUAAAACAUUACGGUGCCUCAAUAUACCGGAAAUUAAUUCCCUCAUCACUACAGAUAUGUGCAAUUCAUUGGUUCACCUUCUCCCAAUGAUGCAAAUUAACUUCAAGGGAUUACAGAGUCAUUUGAAGAAGUUUGGUGGGAAAUAUGAUGAGAUUUUGGCGUUUCGACCGACGGGAUGGACUCAUUCUGACAAGCUAACAACUAUGGCUGAUGUUAUUCCCCAGACCAAAGGAAAUAUUUCAAUAUAUGGAAUUCCUUAUAGUGAGCACAGCAGCUUCCUAGAAAUGAAACGCUUUGUCCAGUGGCUGAAACCCCAGAAAAUCAUACCUACCGUAAAUGUUGGCACUUGGAAGUCUAGGAGCAGAAUGGACAAGUAUUUUAAAGAGUGGAAAUUGGAAGCUGGAUAUUGAUGAUUCCAUGGAGGACUCAAUUGUAGCUAAGUACUUUAGGUGUGGCUCGUUAGUAGCGGUAUCUAUAGGGAUAUGAAAUACACUUUAUGUGAAAAACCUCAUGAAAAUCACCAUAUAGUUUUUAUUUUCUCAUUUAUGUUCGAACAACAUGUUCAUGGUGCUGAAUGCCCCUCAUCAUCCUCAAAGAACUGAGACUGGGAUCUCAUUACUACCCAUGACGGUGGAUGCAGCUGUAUUCUGCGCAGAGCUGUAAGGGAGGAAGCAAAGGCAAGUUCAGGGACCAAAAGGAUUCAUGACAAUGGAUAAACUAGAUGGACAGCAUAAUAUAUAAUUAUGUAUCUUUAAAAUUAUGAGAUUAAACUUUUAUAUAUACAUACUUAAAUAAAAGUUAAUAUGAGCUUUUC